AUGCCGCCUCCACUGCCAACAAACGCCUUGCUCCGGCCUUCAGGUCUCGCAGCGCAGACCUGCCUCAGAUUGAUCGCCCGCCCCAGAAUCCUCCCCCGUCCCCGCGCGCCGACUGCUACACCAUCCUCCUCCUCCAGCGACUCCUCAACCCGCAAGUUCCACACCACUCCUCGCGCCCGCGCCUCCGAGCCGCCCCCGGACUUCAUCUCCAUCGUCGACAACCCCCCUGAACUGGUCCGCGCCGGCCGCCGUCAUGGCCCGGGACUCAUCAUCCUCGCCCUGAUCCCCAUCACCGCUUUCGCCCUCGGCACAUGGCAGGUCCAGCGCCUCGGCUGGAAGACGGACCUCAUCGCCAAGUUCGAGGACCGCCUCGUCCGCGACCCCCUCCCCCUCCCGCCCAAGAUUGACCCCGACGCCGUCGCCGAGUUCGACUACCGCCGCGUCUACGCGACAGGUCGCUUCCGCCACGACAAGGAGAUGCUCAUCGGGCCCAGGAUGUGGGACGGUGAGCAGGGGUAUAUGGUCGUCACGCCGCUCGAGCGUGAAGGGGAAGGAACCACGGUGCUGGUGAACCGCGGGUGGAUCUCCAAGGACAUGGCGGACCAGCGGAAGAGGCCCGCGAGCGCGCUGCCGAGGGGCGAGGUCACGGUUGAAGGCUUGUUGCGUGAGCCGUGGAAAAAGAACAUGUUCACGCCCGAUAACCGCCCGGACCGCUGGGAGUUUUUCUUCCCUGACGUGCACCAGAUGGCGGAGCUGACGGGUAGUCAGCCCGUUUGGAUUGAGGCUACUCUGGAUCACGAGUUCUUCCGCGUCAUGGAUCUCAAGUCCAAGGGCAUUCCUAUCGGAAGAGCCGCCGAGGUGAACCUGCGAAAUAACCAUGCCCAGUACAUCUUCACAUGGUAUGGGCUUGCGUUUGCCACCUCAAUUAUGCUGUGGAUGGUCGUCAAGAAGCCCCCAUCUGACGUCUCACGACGGGUGCGCAUGAACAAACAUUGGUAA